AUGGCCCCUGCAGCAGUAUGGCCUUCAGACACCAACAUGGCCCCAGCAACACACCAAAACCUGGCCUCAAAGAUAUUCUGUUUAUGCUGCCGGGAUUGUGAGGAAGCUGUCAUUGAGAGCACCACGGAUCCUAGACAAACCCAAGGGAGCCAGCCACCAACCUACAGUUCGCCGUCCCAGAAGAAUGAGUUAAACAAACAAAAUUCCAAGCACACUAAUGCACAGUCCUUCUUUGGUCAAGAAAAGAGAUACUCUUCCAGCAGCAGUGAUUUUGAAGAGCUGACCGCAUACAACAUACAAACAGGAUACCCUAAAAAAAAUCUAAACCGCUACUACCAGGAGUGCUGGGCCUUCCAGCCGUGCCUCAUUGGGAGACCCUGA